AUGCGAAAUAUUCCUUAUGCAUUUGCAGUUGGGAGCCUCAUGUAUGCUCAAACUUGCACCAGACCAAACAUAAAUUUUGUUGUCGGGGUUUUGGGCAGAUAUCAAAGUAAUCCAGGCCUUGAUCACUGGAAAGCUGCAAAGAAGAUUCUCAUAUACUUGCAAGGAACUAAAGAUCACAUGGUCACUUACAGAAGAUCCGAUCAUCUUGAGGUGAUUGGCUAUUCAGAUUCAGAUUUCGUCGGAUGUGUUGAUACCAGAAAAUCAACAUUCGGCUACUUGUUCCUAUUAGCCGGAGGAGCAAUCUCAUGGAAAAGUGCGAAGCAGUCUGUCAUCGUUGCAUCCACUAUGGAAGCUGAGUUUGUGGCUUGCUUUGAGUCCACCGUUCAUGGUUUAUGGCUACGGAAUUUUAUUUCAGGGUUUCGGAUUGUCGACAAUAUUGCCAAGCCGUUGAAAAUUCAUGUGAUAACUCCGCAGCAAUAUUCUUCUCUAAAAACGACAAGUAUUCUAAGGGUGCUAAGCAUUUGGAAAUCAAAUACUUAG